UGUGAAUCGCUGACUACCUCAUGUAUUACGUUUCGUACCGCAUGUUUUGAGCAUCUAAAGUCAUAGCAUCGCAGUUUGUCGAUACACCCAUGGCGACCUCUCCCGCGUCUUCGCCUGUACAGGCUAGCAAUGCGCAGACUCUCGACAAUACAGGGUAUUGUCUUCUUUCUCUGGAUGGUGGAGGCGUUCGUGGUCUGUCGACACUUUACAUUCUGCGAAACAUCAUGAACAGACUGAACUUCCCGCGCUUAGAAGCCGGGUUACAACCAAGAAAACCGUAUGAGAUUUUUGAUCUGAUCGGUGGGACGAGUACGGGAGGACUCAUUGCGAUCAUGCUUGGUCGUCUCGAGAUGUCGAUUGAAGAUUGCAUCAAAGCGUACACCGAACUUAUGAGGCGAGUAUUCGAGAAGAAGGAGAAUCGGUCUAUCAUAGGUGUUAUGGGUGGUGUGAAGCCACGCUUCUCGUCCAAAGCGCUAAGAGAUGCGAUAUCGAAGGUAAUCAAAGACUGCGGCGUGUCUCUUGACGAGAAAUUUGAGAUCACAAGCAGCCCGAGAUGCAAAGUUUUUGUUUGCACGAAUCUGCAAAAGACCAAUACCAUAACCCGACUCCACAACUACCGCAUCCCAGCUGGCUGCGAGUUCCAACCUACUAUCCUCGAAGCUGCUCUUGCGACUUCUGCCGCGCCGACGUACUUCUCCGACAUUGGCAUCGCGGGUAGUAAGUUCGUCGAUGGCGCUUUCGGUGCCAACAACCCGACCUUCGAGGUCGAAGAAGAAGCGUCAGAGCUGUGGUGUGGAGGAACAGGCGAUCUCAAACCCCUCGUGAAAUGCUUCAUCUCUGUCGGCACCGGGGCUCUAGGUGUACGUAGCGUUUCGGACAAAGGCAUGAAGCAUCUGGUGGAGACAUUACAGAAGGAAGCCACGCAGACGGAAACUACAAAUCAACGUUUUUUGUUUCAUUGGAGUCAGGGUGUGGAGAAGGGUCGGGUGUUCAGGUUCAAUGUGGAUCAGGGACUGCAGAACGUGAAGUUACAGGAGUACGAACAGCAAGAUCUGAUUCAGGCAUCAACUUCGACAUAUUUGCAUGAGAGAGGUACGAUUGGAAGGGUCAAAGAGUGCGUGGAGAACCUGCGGAUGAAGCAAUGUACGUAGAGAUUUCCUGCUUAGUGUUCAGCGCAAACUAGAGAGAACAGACGUUAGCUGAUAACCUUGCCUGUAGAUCAGCCAAAUGCAGAAUUCAUUCGCAAGAUCAAUGAAGAAACAUCGGCUCAUGCGGUAUCA